AUAUUGACACCAAAAAUUGUUCAAUUUGCCGUAAUACCGACGGAAUUCGCUGUGCGAAAUAUCACGAAUAGAACUGGGUCUAUCUUUGUAAUGUUUCCUAUUUUUUCCCUCGCGUAGCAGAACUGCGAUCCAAGUCCUUAUUCAAGUUAUUACUAAAAAUAUACCAGGCCCAGGGUGCACUGCGGGUACGGCAUCUGUGCUGGUGAUAGCUAGGUAUGCAGCGACACAACAACGUCAAUGCGCCCCAGAAGGACAAGUAUUGUCCUCCCAGUCGUCAAAUAAUGACAUACCGAGAACAAGAGGCAAACAAAGCGAGAAAUGAAGAGCACAGCUUUCGCACUCGCAUACAAGAAAGUAUUGUUCUUAUUACGUAAAUUUCGAUCUGAGGUGCCCUCACGCAGGCCUCUUCUCCUUUCCAGUCUCUCCACCUCUGUCCAUGGCCCGGCUCUCCAAUUCUCUGCUCUUUUUUCUUUUCCUAUGCUGGCCGCACCUCACCCUCGCAUUGGACAUCCGCCAAACACUCACCCGACUCGCGUUCUGGCGACGUUCAUCAUCAAGAAAUGUUCCGGCUGCGGGAUAUGUGAACCCCAAUGACAAUGGAGGAUCGAUGUUGACGAAAGUCCUAGCGACGACAUACCCAGAAGGCCAGGGAGAGCCUGUCAAUGCUAUAAUAUCAGGAAAUUCAAACUCGGAAGUGCUCGUCGACCAGGAGACUUCAGGGGGUCUCAGGAAUUAUUUCUUAUCAUUAUCCUUUUCCAGCGAAUGCCUAGGACAGCAUUCGGGAAGCGACCAACAGGUGGAUUUGGGAGACGGGAAUGGCUAUCUAAACGAGACGGCUGUGAUUCGGUACAAUUAUGGAGACCCCUCGCUUGGUGCUUGCACAGAGACGAUUAAAGGCGGAAACCACUUUCGGUACUGGGUGCAGAAUGGGAAAAAUGCGAAUACCGGCGCUGUCUUCAUGGCGGUAUCAUACGAAAAGCCAAUAGCUGACGACCACGACAUUGUACUGAAUGGCUACAACCUGGCUCGCGACUACAUCGUUGGUAACAUAACCGGGUCCGUGAUACCAACCCUGAACCUUACAAAUUCGUCUACCUACUCUGGAAAUACGUCUUAUGGUGGCUAUACCUACAAGACAGACGUCUCGUACGUUUCGGGACUGCUAGAGAACACCAGCAUUGGUAUCAACCACAACUGGUCGGUGUACAUAAAUGGCGUGACCAAUGCCGUGGAUGGCCUUGUGGCUGUUCUGGACGUGUCAAUAUUAGAACAGCCUGAGGCACAAGCACGACCAGAAACAUGGCUACUCCUACUGACCGUCUCCUUCAUCUCCUCUUUCUGUCUAUGACAACUCUCUUGUCUUUCGCUGGCUGGCCCGAGAAAGCUCUCGACCUUUACGUAUCUUUAUGACCAAUCACUCCGCCUCUCCCCUCACACCCAUGCCACAGAUAUAGACAAUUGGGGAUCUCACUGCGAAAAAUAUGGACGCUGCGUACAUGUUAUAACCACACCAAACCACACCAUUGCACCUUAUAUUUACCAACACUUACUUAGUCUCAGGGAGAGAGAUUUAAUGUUCAUACCC